AGGCCAGAAGUUUCCUACUGCUCCUGAAGGACGUCUCAAGGCAUCUCUCUGUGCGCUGCUGGCAGCUAAAGGGUUGCAGUCGAAUAUUGGCUGAAUAUCAAGUACAACACUGUACAGUAUUAUGGAGUGGCCGCUCACUGAGGUUGUUAUUACCCCUGGCAGAUCUCAGCCUCGGCGGGACCCAGACACCACUAGCACAUCAACCCAGUCUUCAUCCCUCUCGACCUUGUUGACGUCGGGGCAUAUGGAAAGUGCCGAACCUCAGUAUAAUGUCUCUACUGGCAAAUAAUGGUCGUCUAUGCAACUCAUGCACUGCCAGGCUCCAAUACUAAUACCAGUAUCUAACCAUUGCAGUGCUCCGUUGACACCACUUGGUGCACUCAUUUGCGACUCUUGACGUCAGCGUGAUUCAUCACACCGUUGUACCCCUUUCUCACCAGGCAGCAUAGUACAUCAGGAAAAAGGGCCAAUUCCCACACAAGACAAUGUUUUCGACAGUUGCAGUUGUAACCACUGGCCGGGUGCGGUUCAUGUCUCAAUGGCCGGAUAUUCGAUACCCAAGUUGUCGGUCGAACAGAGUUACAAAAUGAACUCCAAGUUCACUAAUGGAGACGGCAAGCAAAAGAUCACCACUUCAAUCCCAACAGUGCCCAUUACUGUCGAGAGGAGGCCCUUUGUCCCGUCAGAAGACAGCCAAAAGCUUCUUGAUCCUGGGACUGCUCGUGCCAACAUUGCCCCAUCGGUGGAACAGCCUAAUGGUACAUUGGAAGACGAAUGGGCAGCUCGCCACCAGCACCAGAGUGUCUUGCAACAACACUGUGAUUUCUUCGACACAGACCGAGACGGCAUACUCUGGCCCAUUGAUACCUACAACGGUUUCCGCAAGCUCGGCUUCGGAAUUUUCCUGUCCCUGGUUGCCCUGUUCAUAAUUCACCUGAACUUCUCCUAUGUCACACAGCCUUCGUGGUUGCCGGAUCCAUUUUAUCGAAUCUACCUGGUCAACGUCCACAAGACCAAGCAUGGCAGUGAUAGCGGCACGUUCGACCACGAAGGCCGGUUCAUCCCCCAGCGGUUCGAAGACAUCUUCACCAAGUACGCCGAUGGAAAGGACAGUCUGAAUUUUUGGGACAUGGUAAGACAAAUCAACGGUCAAAGGCUUGUCUCGGAUCCGAUAGGUUGGGGCGGUGCCAUCUUCGAGUGGUCUGUCACAUACAUCAUGCUGUGGCCUGAAGAUGGUGAGAUGCGGAAAGAGGACAUUCGCCGGGUUUUUGACGGGAGUCUAUUCUACACCAUUGCAGCACGAAGGGCCAGAAACCAGCCUCCGUCCACUGGAGAUCUGCAUCGGGCGAAGAGGAAUCAAGUGCUUGAGAGCAACGGCGCUGCCCGCUGAUUUGAUCCGGCCGGGCCGAAAUAAGCUGAGAGAAUUCAGCGAUGCACCACGGGACAAAAUACCACCUAUCCCGUCUGGAAUACGUAGCGAAUAGAGGUCAGUCUCAGUAAAACAGCAAGCAGAACGCGCAAGUCGCCGCAGCCUGGCCUUGUUGACAUGGAGGGUUUCAAAUAGACCAUAGUAUUGCACACCCCACGCAAUGGAGAUGGCAGAGGCCUGAUUCGGACUCUUCCCAUGGAUUGACGGGUAACACCACAUGCUCCCACCUACAAUGUUGUAGAUCGCAGCGAGGACUACGGGUGGUCAUUUUGCGUUUGGCGCAGCUCUGCCUGAGCAGUCAGCCAG